AUGGUGGCUACCAAGGAGGACCUUUCGACAUGGGAUAACUUUCAGUGGCGGAGGAGAAUGGAGGCUUUUGGCCACAAUGACGAAGCGGUCAUUGCAGCUGGCCCGGGAGGGGAGGCAGAGGGGAUCUGGCAAGUACAGACAUACAUGGAUACGGGGAUCGCGCUUGCUAACGGGCUUCCAAAAGUCAAUUCGGGGAGCUCACCGACAAAGGGCGGGAGACGACGUUUGCUCUGGCUGGGCUUUAUGCCGAAGAUCAAAUCGGACGCCGAGGAUAUGUAUCUCCGCGCGACGCCGAUCCCUCGUGCACUCGAGUCUCUACAGCAGACAUUCCGGGGCAUGUAUCCUGCGAAUGCUAGGACAGCCGACUUUACUCCGCCUAUCAUUGUUGCCAGGGCACUUGCGGACGAGACUCUCUACCCAAACGAGGGCAAUUGCCGACGGUUGAGGCAGCUUGCCAAACUUUUUGCGGACCGCGCAGCGGAAAGAUGGAACAAUUCGGAGCAAAUGGACUACUUGAACAGCCUCUGGUCGAAAUGGAUGCCCCCGAGCUCCCCCAGGGUUGCCGUCGAUUCUCACCCCCGCCUGUCGGGAAUUAUGGAUACGAUCAAUGCCAGUCUGGCCCAUGGACCGGCCACUAGACUCCCACCCGCAUUCUACGACGAGAAAGGGCGCGAGAUCAUGGACAAGAUCGCCGUGGACGAGUGGUUCUCGGGGUACAAGGAGAAUGUGGAGUACCGGAAACUGGGGAUUGGGGCUCUUGUGGGCGACAUUGUCGACCGGAUGGUCAGCACGGCCGUGGAAGGAGGCUGGCGCAGCGAGACGAGCUCUGGCAGCGCGAGCCCAGGGAAGCCGAUCAAGUUCGCUCUCAGCGGAUGCCACGACACGACGAUUGCCGCGAUCCUGGCGAGCAUGGGGGCCUUCGAGAACGAGAAAUGGCCGCCGUUCACUUCGUCGAUCGCCAUUGAAUUGUUCUCGACUGCGGACCGGGCCGGCCACGAAUCAGCAGGGAAUGUCCUGGAGGAGUUUUCGAACCCAACAGAUACUUCCUCUAACAAACAGUCCAGCUUUCUCUCCUACCUGAUCGGCCGAUCAUCACCGUCACAACAAGCCCCGACAUCUUCUUCCCCCUCACACACCGCCCGCACACCGCUGUCAGAAUUACCCGAAUCAACCCGCAAGACCCUACGCAACCACUACGUCCGAAUCCGGUACAACGACCGACCCAUGCGCAUCCCCGGGUGCGCGGCGAAACCGACCAACCAUCUACCGGGCGACGACACGUUCUGCACGCUGGAAGCCUUCAAGGAGAUCGCGGACAAGUUCACUCCCAAGCAGUGGAAGAAGGAGUGUCAGGAGAACAUUGACGAGGGGAUUUUUGGCAAGGAUGGGAGGGAUCGUGUGCCUGCUGGGUAUUAA